AUGCGCCCUGAGCGCUUCCCCCGCGCCGCCCCCUCGGGGCUCGGGCCCAGGCGGGGCGGGCGAUGUGGCGGCGGCCGCGGGCACCUCCCGCCCGCUCCGGGCGCCUGCGCCGCGCCCCGCCAAGGACGGGGGGAAGAGUUUCGUAACCGGCGCAUGCGCGCGGGAGCCGCAUCCCCGCUCGGGCUCAGCCCGCGCUGCCGCCGCCGCCGCCGUGAUUCCAUCCAUCUUGAAUUUGACGUCAUCCCACAACCGAGGGAUGAGGUCAUCGCGGGGAGCGCUCGUCACGUGCGCGGCGCCGCGAUUGGCCGGGCCGGGGGGGAGCGGGGGGCGAGGGGGCGGCGCGGCGGGGGGGGACGGGGGGGGGACGGGGACGGCGGGGGGAACGGGGGAACGGAGCGGGGACGGCGGCGGGGAUCCCCCGGCCGAGCGGCCGCCACACCGACCGGCCGCCUUCCAGCGCGGGCAGCACCGCCCGCAGCGCCCCGGCCGCCGCCCUCAGCCCGCCCCGCCGCAGGGAAACUGAGGCAGCAGCCGCGCGUGUGGGGACGCGCACUGAGGGACAGGUCCGGCACGGGGGGGGACACGCACGGAGGGACAGGUCCCUGUGUCGGGGGACAGCGGGGUUUGGGAGGUGCCGCUGUGGUAACCCGCACCCGCCCUCCCGCCGGACCUGUGUGCUGCGGGUGUGAGGGGGAACCCGCGUGCGGCGUUAGUGUGCGAUUCACCGAAAUUUGUAAUUGUUUCGUCGUGACUUUUUAUUGUGGUUCCCUAGUGAAAGUGCAGCCAGUAGAACAGAGCCCAUGCAGAGGCUUGUACAAUUCUGCUGGAGCGAGUCCAGAAGAGGCCACGAAAUUGAUAAGAGGACUGGGGCACCUCCCCUACAGAGACAGGCUGGAAAACUGGGGUGUUUAUCCUGGAGAAGAGAAGGAUGUGUGGAGACCUCAAAACACCUUUCAGAACCUGAAGAGACUUGCAAGGAAGCUGGAGACAAACUCUUCAUCAGGGACUGGAGUGACAGGACAAGGGGGACAGUACAAACUGGAAAAGGGGAAAUUUAGGUUAGAUAUUAGGAAGAAAUUUUUCACUUUGAGUGUGGUGAGGCCCUGGCACGGGGUGCCCAGAGCAGCUGGGGCUGCCCCUGGAUCCCUGGCAGUGCCCAAGGCCAGGUUGGACACUGGGGCUUGGAGCAGCCUGGGACAGUGGAGGGUGUCCCUGCCAUGGCAAGGAGGGGUAGAACGAGAUGAUCUUCCAACCCUUACUGUUCUAUGAUUCUGUAGUUUUGUCAUUCUUACAAACAGAUGAUUUGAGAAAAUUUUGAAUGCAAUCCUCCAAGAUUCUGUGAUUCAAAAAGACAAUCUGGCUGUAUUUCAUGAUCGAGCCUGAUUGACCUGAUGUUGUUAAAGUUUAUGGAUGCCUUAUAUUCCUGUAAAUCAGAUUUUUCUUGAUCCUAAUGAAAUCUUGGAAAGGAAUUCUCUAGAAUUAUUGGGGCUUUAAGUUGUCUCUAAGUAGGUUAAUUGUGUCAAAUGUGCCAUUCUCAAUUAUUUGAAUGUAUUCUGGUUCUUCAAGAUUAGCUUGUUUAUGAAUGUAUUUUCCAACAUUUCUAAUUUUAGAUGCUUUGAUGGGGGGCUUAGUUUGAUAUAUUUUUCAUCUUUAUGUGUGCUUGCAGCUGUUAUUACCAGGUGCAUGUUUGUUAAGUAUAACGUUUGUUCUCCAUUUGGAGUAUCCAAUAACUGCUCAGAUUAACUUUGGAUCAUACUUGCCAACAAGCUUUAUCACUGGAAUUUUGUUUAAGACUGAACCUCUGCAAAAUGUAGAAUGUAAAAAAACUUUAAAGAAAAAACUUUAAAGAAAACUUUAAAGAAAAUAAAGAAAUAAAGGAUGAUUAUACAUGGACAUUGUGAGCAAAUUAACAUGUAAAAGCUAAAACACUUGCAUUGGUUGAAAGUAUGAGAAUUGCUGGUUUUCAUAGUGUAAAUAUUGCACUAAAGGGCCAAGUUGUGUACUUUGAAUGGUUCAGUGG